AUGGCUGAAACUAGUGGCCUUUUCAAUAAGGUGAUUUUUGCUGUUGUUUCGCGAAAUUUAGAUGUGAGAAAAAUUCAAGGUCGAAUUGGGGAUAUGUUAGGUCUAUAUUUCCGGGAGGAGAGUGAAAUGGGAAGAGCUGGUCGGCUCUUUGAAAGGCUAACUACCCAGGAAAGAAUCCUGCUUGUAUUGGAUGAUGUUUGGAAUUUUGUUAAUUUCAAAGAAAUUGGAAUUCCUGUCAAUUUUGAGGGCAAGGGUUGUAAGAUUAUGAUUACUACUCGUCAAAGAAAUCUUUGCAGCACUAUGGGGCUCAGAAAAACAAAGGAAAUUCCAUUGAGACUCUUGUCAGAUGAAGAAUCCUGGAACCUGUUUAAAAGUAAUGCAGGGUCAUUGGCUGAUACAUUUUCUCCCCAACAAGAUGAUGUCACCAUGAAGGUUGCUAGAGAAUGUUGUGGGCUCCCAUUGGCACUUGUAACGGUUGGGAGAGCACUAAGAAACAAAGAUCUGGAGCUUUGGAGAGCUGCACUUCAGCAACUGAAGAAGUCCAAACCCUUGAACAUCAACUACAAUGAAAAAGACAUUUUCUCAUGCCUAAAGUUGAGCUAUGAUCAGCUGCAAAGUGAGGAAGCUAAAGAUUGUUUUCUAUCGUGUUGCUUGUUUCCUGAAGAUCAUGAUAUAAAAAUUGAAGACAUAGCUAGAUAUGCACUCGGAAAAGGAAUGUUUACAGAUGUAGAGACAAUGGAGGAAGCAAGAAGAGAAACACGAUGGAUAAUCAGAAACCUUACUGACUGUUGCUUGCUUCUGGACAGCAGUACGGAAGAUUCUGUAAGAAUGCAUGAUAUGGUUCGUGACUUUGCCAUAUCAAUGGCAUCUACAGGGGAACAUGGUUUCGUCAUAAAAGCAGGUCUUGGCUUGAAGGAGUGGCCAAAUCAGGAGACUCUUGAACGCAAUGCAGUAAUCAUUUCUCUGAUGACUAAUCAUAUUCAGUCACUUCCUGAUUGCCUAAUUUGUCCCAAGCUCGAAAUUUUGUUGUUGGCAGAGAAUGAGGUUUUUGAGGUAAUACCAGAGGGAUUCUUUCUAGGGAUGCCAACGCUCAGGGUGCUGGAUUUAAGUGAAAAAAUUGGUGCUCGCUCUCUAAAUCGCUAUUUUGAACCUGACAAAUGGACCUCAAUGCCGUCCAGUUCCUUCAAACUUCCCUCCUCGUUUGAAGCCUUGGUGAACCUUCGGACUUUGCAUUUAAAUCACUGCAAGUUGGAUGAUGUAGCAGUCCUUGGAAAAUUAAAAAGACUUGAGGUUCUAAGCUUCUAUGGAUGUGAUAUUGAAGAAUUACCAAAGGAGAUUGGAGAAUUAGUCAACCUGAGGUUGUUAGACCUCAACUUCUGCCAAAAGCUCAAGACUGUUCCGGCAACCCUGUUAUUGCGUUUGUGUCAAUUAGAAGAACUCUACAUGUGGGAGAGUUUUCAUCAGUGGGCGAUUCAAGGGAUGGUUGAAGACACAAGUAAAGCAUGUCUUUCAGAAAUAACAUCCUUGUCCCACUUGACUACUUUAUGUAUUCAAGUAUCCAAUCCUGAAUCGGUUCCCAGAAAAUUGCAUAUACCUAACGUACAAAAAUUUGAGAUAGUUAUUGGUAAAGGGUAUGAUUCAGUGACAUGUUACCCAAACUCAAGAAGCCUGUCACUCCGAGAAAUUAAGACUUCAAUACCUGAAGGAGUGAAGGACAUACUUCAGAACACAGAAGAUUUGAGACUUUUCUGCUUGUAUGAUGAAAUGAUAAGGAAUAUUUUAGAUGUUGAUCUGGGGACCUUAAACAACUUAAGAUAUCUUAAGGUCGUUGCUUGUAUGGAAACCUCGUUUUUGUUAUCCAUGAACCAAUCUGCAAAUGAUGCCCCUGCAAUCUUGGCAGCUUUGGAAAGUUUACAUCUUCAACUUAUGAACGAAUUGUUCGUUAUAUGUCCAAAAUUACUUCCAGUUGGUUCGCUGCACAAGUUAAAGUUUUUAAAACUUCAAAGUUGCAAGCGGAUGUGGGUAGCAAUCACUGCCACAUUACUCCAGAGGCUACUGAGUUUGGAAGAAGUUGAAGCAACAUGGUGCAAGCAAAUGUCGAGUGUAUUUGACCUUGGCAACAUUAGUUCUGAGAAUCAACAGUUCCUUCUGUCUAAUCUUAGAAUAAUAAGGUUACACGGUCUGGAGAGUUUGAGAACCAUAUGGAAAGGAGGGGUAAAACCACUUCCUCCUUCAGUGCGCCUUGCAAAACUAACAGUGGUUGAGCUCAGCAGCUGCGGGAGCCUAAAAGUUAUCUUUCCAUAUUCCAUUGCUCAAAAUCUACUGCAACUGGAAGUUCUUAAGAUAAACUGGUGCAACAAGUUAGAAAGCAUUGUCGAGAAGAGGCCAGAAGUAUCAGUUGAUCAAUAUCAGCUUGCUUGUUUUCCAAACCUUAGGAUUAUUGAGGUGAGUGAAUGCUCAAGACUGAGAAAGCUGUUUUCAGUUGCUGAGGCUCGAUAUCUUCAACAGCUCAAAGAAAUAAACAUUAGCAGCUGUAAGGAUAUAGUUGAACUAAUAAGCCAUGAUGAGGAAGGAGAAGAAGACACUGAAGACAAAAGAAUUUCACUGCCGGAACUAUACAGCAUGAAGAUCAAAGACAUGUCUAACAUAAAUAGACUCUGUGCAAUGUCUUUUUCUGUUGAUCUACCAUCCCUGGAACAAGUGGUUUUAGAGAAGUGUCCUAACAUGGAAGAGUUCAAUUCUGACCCCCAAAAAUAUGGUGUGGGACAUGCACCAAAACUGAAGGAAAGAGAAACCAAUUUAGAGGACAAGCAUCAGGAGCUAGAACUUCUUCUCAAGCAUAGUGAAUAUCUUGAAGCAACUCAGAACACUGAACAUCCAAAUCCCUACAUUCGAUGCUAUUCAUUCAUUUAUAUUGUACAUGUUGUCUAUGUAGAGUUAUGGAUCACAACUGAAUGUGAUAGAUUGCAAGUAGUUCCUGGUGAGAUAGUUGUUAUACCUCUAGGGUUUCACUUUGUUGUUGACCUUCCAGAUGGGUCUUCACAUGGUUAUGUUGCUGAGAUUUUUGGAACUCAUUUUCAGCUUCUUGAUCUUGGGCAAAUGGGUGCAGCAAAAAUUUUGAAAGUGCCCAAUGGUCUUGCGGCUCCAAGGGAUUUUCUUGCUCCAAUGGCCUGA